AUGGCAGCUUCUACCUCGGGUAUCACUCCCUUGAGUUUCUUCGAACAGCAAACCGGAUUGCCCAGAUCUUACGCCGUAUUGUCCGGCAGCGGUGUUUAUUUGGCCUUGGUAUUCUUAAACAUUGGGGGAAUGGGUCAAUUGUUGUCCAACAUUGCCGGAUUCGUCAUUCCAGGUUACUAUUCAUUGAUCGCCUUGGACACAGUCUCCAAGGCCGACGACACUGAGUUGUUGACCUACUGGGUUGUGUUCGCCUUCUUGAACGUCAUCGAGUUCUGGUCCCGUGCUAUCUUGUACUGGAUUCCUUUCUACUUCUUGUUCAAGACAAUUUUCUUGUUGUGGGCUGGUAUUCCUCCAUUCGGUGGCUCCAAGGUGGUGUACGUCAACAUCAUCAAGCCUGUGACUGACAAGUACAUCAAGAAGAGCGCCUCCGAGAAGGUUAGUGAGGCUGCUGAGGGUGUUUCGACCUCUGUGGAGAUCUAA